AUGGCGUUUUGGUUCAGCUCUUGUUGGAUUUACCUUUGGAUCUUCGUCCAGUCCACAAACCUCUCGGCUGACUCGGCUUCACCGCCUCAUUACACCAUCCACCGCACCCAGGUCAGCUUUGACCAGGCCAGGGGGGCCUGCUCCCCAGGGGGCCUCGCCACCCUCGCCACCGAGCAGGAAGUCACCACCGUCCUCGGGCUCAUCGCCAAGCUGCUGUUGCCUCAGAGUGAAUUCGCCUUUUGGGUCGGACUGAAGAAAGACAAGAACCAAUGUGUGGUCCCCUCCUCGCCGCUGAGAGGGUUCAGCUGGAUCGAGGACACCGGUGAGGACUCGCCGGUGAUUCCCUGGGCGAAGGAGCCGCAGGACACGUGUACGACGGUUCGCUGUGUGGUGCUCCAGGUGAAACGUGAUGGGUUGUCUGUGACCAGCUGGGGUCUGAGUCCGGUCACCUGCAAGGAAAGUUCAGUUCAUCAGUUCAUCUGCAAACUGAGAGACGGACAGACAAGACUGAUGUCUGAGGAUGGAAUGUCCACCAUUAAACCUACAUCACUGGAACCAGUAACACGUGAAGUUAAACCAGCAGAGCUAGAACCACCUGAAACGGAAUCUAAGCCUCCCAUGCGAGAACCAGGAACUGAUUUGAAUUUUAAAGCCGAACCUGACCCUGGACCUGACUCUGGAUCAGUGGUGGUAUCGAACUUGUGUCGGCGUCCAGUAAUCCCCAGGGCACGCGCUCUCCGUCUGGACCCCAACAACAGCAGCAGGAUCCAGGUGGAGUGCUGGUCCGAUUACCGGCUGGAUCUCCACUGCUGGGGUCGUCCUGACGUGUGGCGUCUUUGGGACGAGUCCCCCGCCAACCUCACCGUCCUCUGUGCGCCAUGCAGGGACGGCUUCCGGAAAGACGCGUCUGGAAACUGCGUGGACUUCGACGAGUGCACUGGCGCCCCCUGUAGACACACCUGUGUAAACACAGAGGGCUCGUACAUGUGUGUCUGCCUCGACCAGGACGGGAGACAUCAAGACGAGGGCUCACCGGCGUGCACGCCCACGGUUACUAUCGAUGACAGGGCUUCCGUAUGGGGCAUCUGGAUCCCGGUGCUGGUUGCUGUGGCGACGCUGCUGGUGCUAGUGGUGGUUGUUGCAGUGACAGUGAAGUGCUGCCUGAUGAGAAACGCAAGAAAACGUGCUUUGAAGAAUGAAGACAACCAGGCCUGAUUCAGACCUGGUUCAGGACUGGCUCAGGCCUGAUUCAGACCUGGUUCAGACCUGGUUCAGAGCUGGUUCGGAGCUGGUUCAGGCCUGAUUCAGACCUGGUUUAGACCUGGUUCAGACCUGAUUCAGACCUGGUUCAGAGCUGGUUCAGGACUGGCUCAGGCCUGAUUCAGACCUGGUUUAGACCUGGUUCAGACCUGAUUCAGACCUGGUUCAGAGCUGGUUCAGAGCUGGUUCAGACCUGGUUCAGGACUGGCUCAGGCCUGAUUCAGACCUGGUUUAGACCUGGUUCAGACCUGAUUCAGACCUGGUUCAGGACUGGCUCAGGCCUGAUUCAGACCUGGUUUAGACCUGGUUUAGACCUGGUUCAGACUUGAUUCAGACCUGGUUCAGGACUGGCUCAGGCCUGAUUCAGACCUGGUUUAGACCUGGUUUAGACCUGGUUCAGACCUGGUUCAGACCUGGUUCAGGACUGGCUCAGGCCUGAUUCAGACCUGGUUUAGACCUGGUUCAGGCCUGAUUCAGACCUGGUUUAGACCUGGUUCAGACCUGAUUCAGACCUGGUUCAGGACUGGCUCAGGCCUGAUUCAGACCUGGUUCAGGGCUGGUUCAGACCUGAUUCAGACCUGGUUUAGACCUGGUUCAGACCUGGUUCAGACCUGAUUCAGACCUGGUUCAGAGCUGGUUCAGACCUGAUUCAGACCUGGUUCAGACCUGAGUUUUAAAAUUAAUGGGAGCCUAUGGGAAAACCAUAGAAUAUAUAUAUUUUAUACAUUUAUAUACAUUCAAUGAGAGAACUCACUCAACUGUCUUCAAACCUACUUGACUUUCAAAGUUUAUUAAACUGACAUUCAGAUUUAAUUAAAGCUUGAAAAUAGAUAAAAAUACUUUAGAAUACUUUAAAAUACCCCAAAACUUCUGUCUUUUGAAAGUUUUAAAUGAUACUGACUUUAUAUAAAUAUUUUAAUGUAUGUUAGAAUGAGACGUUGAACUUUGUACUUUGAUAAAUAAAGUUUUUUGUGGUUUUAAA